AUGGAGGCUGAGAACGAUAGAGGGAGGGACUCAUUAAAUGUGAAGGGUUCCUAUGGAAAGAAAACAGUUGUGUCAGUGGAUCUUCUCUGUUCAAAGUGCAGAAUGAAGGUGAUGAAAUUAAUAUCAAAGCUGGAAGGAAUAACUUCCAUCGUCCUUGACCCCGCAAAAAGUUCAGUGACAGUAAUCGGGGAAGCUGAUCCCGUAUCCAUUAUAAAACAGGUCAGGAAGUUUAGAAGAAGUGCUCAAAUAGCAAGCAUUGGUCCUGCAAAGCAGGAUGAAAAGAAGGAUGACAAGAAGGACGAUAAGAAAGAUGACAAGAAGGAUGAUAAGAAGGAAUCCAACAUUCCUUCUCUGCCGAGAACGUGUCAAAGAUGCGAUGUUUGGUACACCUUCACCGAAGAUUAUCAUGUCAAACCCUGCAACAUUUUGUGA